AUGGUGAUAGAGGGUGAGGCCCUUCGUUUGCUGCCCCACCCGGACCUGCCUGCCCAGGCCAGUGUGACUGACUUUACAUGGUACCGAAACAACACUCAGGAGCUCCCAUUCUCUGAGGGAGAGCGUGUACAUCCUCAUGGACCAUUUCUGUUCUUCCUCCCCCUGGCAAUCAAUGACACUGGUCGUUACUACACCCGCUGGAGGCGAACAGCUACUAAAUGCAUCAUAUUUAGGACAGAUGUAAUGGUGGUCAAAGCCCAACCGUUCGACCACUCGGUCCUGUUAACCGAUAUUUCAGAUUCAUCAGAAACCAUUUAUAUCUAUUGUGACCUUGAGGAAGACUUUUGCAAAGAUAGUGGAGGAUACAUAACCUGGUAUAAGAAUUUCAGUUUCAUUCCAAAUGAGUUUGAGAGUACGCUAUCGGUGAACCGUGCCUCUAAGGCAGAUGAGGGCAUCUAUACGUGCGUGUGCACAUGGGAGCACCAUGGAAGGGUCCUCAACACUUCUGCAUCCAGGAGACUGAGUGUUAAAGAACCCACAGGCUCUCAUCCUCCUCAGAUAAAUAUACCUACAAAUGGAAGCACUGUCAAUGCCAAUCUGUGGACCACUAUAAAGUUGAAGUGUGAAGUAUUUUGUGGAAAGAACAUCAAACACGAAUGUCAUGUGUCGUGGAUGAUUAAUGAAGUGAAUGCGGACCAGCGACAAGGCUACUUUGUGAACCUCACCAAGGAGGUAAAGGAACCGUCAAAGUUGAGUAUCUUCACAGCUAUCCUAACCAUAGAUACAGUGACUAUCAAAGACCUCCAGUCAAAGUUCAAGUGUAUUGCCAUGAACGACCAGAACUGGACCAUUGCGGUGGUGACACUUAAGCUGUCAGUUUCUACAGUCAUAGCUGUUAUAUGUGUGGGUCUGCUGUUUUUCCUGUUACUGGCUGUUGUGACCAUCAAGGUGUUUGCCAUUGAUCUGGCUCUCCUAUUCCGUGGAGUUUUGAAGCAUUGUGAUAAUUCUGAGGAUGGAAAAGUCUAUGAUGCAUAUGUUGUCUACCAGAAAAAUGGUAUAGACAGAGCCAUGGAAGAGAAAGUUUGUAACUUCAUCAGCAACAUUCUCUCUAAUGUCCUGGAGCAGAAAUGUGGCUUUAGACUCUUCAUCCAUGGCAGAGAUGACCUACCCGGAGAAGAUCGGAUGGAGCUGGUGGAGGCCUGCAUGCUGCUGAGUAGAAGGCUGAUGGUCAUCCUGACCCCCAGGUCAAACCCGGGGACAAACUCCGCUUUGAGAGGUCAGAAGUUAGGAGACUACACGCAGGAGGGCUACUCGCCCUCACCGACUCCAGCUGAAGACUAUGACUGUCAGCUGGGGCUCCACCAGGCUCUAGUCAACAGUGAGAUGAGUGUCAUCCUCAUCCAGAUAGGAGAAAUGGGCGAGGGGGGCUACACGCACCUGACUCCCGGCCUGCAGCACCUGGUUCGCAAGAGCGCCCCCUUAAGGUGGCGUGAGGGAAGAUGGGAUUCGACACUGCCCAACUCACGCUUCUGGAAGAGGGUGCGUUACAUGAUGCCAGUGUCACGCAACACAAAGCAGUUAAUCAACCCGGUUAAUGUAGCUCUUCUCCGUGAUCAGGUCUGAUCAAAAGUUGAGGUCUAGGGUAUUGACAUACAGCUCAGAUGAAUUAAUAUUGAAGAAUGCAACCAAUAACCUACAGAUCUUUAAUAGACGACCAA